CUUCGUCGGGUUUCGCCAGCAGCCACCGCGCACACACGUCAGCAAACGGCGCCUCCAACGGCCAACGGAUCGUUCGCGAUCACCGUCGAUCAUCUGCCAAGGGAUCAACGGGACGGAAUCGCGGCGGAAUACUUUUUUGGGGGACUGGUCCACCCGGUAUGGAUCGUCGUGUGCCCGACGGUAAUGUUCGCCGGUGAGACAUCCUAACGCCGGACGUUCCAUCUGUGCUACGGAAGUGUUGUUCCAUUGAAGUACACGCGACCGCCGGGACAGUGACCGGAUUCCACGGGGACAUCUUCAUGGAUCGACGCGGAUACUGUUGACGACAAGUUUCGGGAUCAACGAUGACCUGUGUAGGGAAGUUCCGCGAAGUUUCGAAGAUGAACUGAGAAAGGCUGGCUUUGGAACGAAGAUCGGAUUUCAAGGAUUUAGUUCAUCGACGUGAUGACAGUGAAGGGAGACACGAGGAAGCAUUGAUUUGCUGAAUGUCAAGGCGUCAAUAUAACUGACUGGCCGUUCACCUUCGACGAUGUCGAUCGACGAAUCGAGGGAUCCUUGGAAACUGGAUGCCGACGUAUCCUGAUGUCCGUCGCCUGUCGUCAUGACGAACGAAGACUCGCCGAGCCUGUGACACAGUCGCCGAGGUGACAUUUUCUCGAUAGAACUGUAAAACCGAGGAUAAGGACUUGGACUCUCUGGUUUUGGAGCCGCUUGCGAGAUAAAGAAAUAAGUGUUCUGGAUUAUUGGAGGUUUCGGAAGAUUCUCGGAUCGGGGGAUCGGAAGAACCGUCGAAUUUGCAUCUGUUUCGUCCUACCAUGCGACCGUUCUCGACCGGCAAUACAAUGGCGUUGGAGAUACCGACCAGCCUGCCUACCGAGAGGGUGUCCUCGCCGACGCCUUGCCGCAACCUGACCUUCUCGAUCGAGAAGAUCAUGGAGCCGGACAAGCGACCGUCAGCGAUCCCAUCCGCCUUCAAGAAAUACGAGCCGACGUACCUACAAUAUUACCCGUUCUUCUACUAUUACCCGAACCCGCUGCUGAGAGCGUUCCCGGCGCCGCCGGCGACGACGCCGACGGUACCCCAGAACUCAGCGCCGCCCACCGCCGUCCAGGAAGCGUCUUCGAAGGUGAGCCUGACGGCAGUCUCGCCGGAGAGCCAGCGAGGCAAGAAGAGCCCAGGGCCGAGGAGCAACGAGAUCACCGAGAACAACAAACAGAAAACGUACACCUGCCCCGAUUGCGGGAAGGUGUUCAACGCUAAUUACAACUUGAACAGACACAUGCCCGUCCACACCGGAGCCAGGCCGUUCCUCUGCAAGAUCUGCGGCAAGGGUUUCCGGCAAGCCAGCACCCUGUGCAGGCACAAGAUCAUUCACACCAAAGAGAAGCCGCACAAGUGCUCGAUCUGCGGGAAAGCGUUCAACAGGAGUUCCACUCUGAACACUCACCGGCGUAUACACUCGAACUACAAGCCGUACACCUGCGAGGAAUGCGGCAAAGGGUUCCAUCAGAAGGGCAACUACAAGAAUCACAAGCUGACGCACAGGCCGGAGAAGGAGCACAAGUGCAAGAUGUGUCCGAAGGCGUUCCAUCAGAGCUACAACCUCAACUUCCACAUGUUCACGCACAAGGACAAGAAACCGUUCUCGUGCAAGAUCUGCGGGAAAGGAUUCUGCAGGAACUUCGAUCUGAAGAAGCACAUGAGGAAACUACACGACACCGGACCGCCGAUGUUGAACGAAUUGAGCGCGUCGGCUCAGGGCAACGGUCAGCAGUCUGGUUACGCGUCGGUGCAUCACGGUCCGGGUGGGCACUCGUUCGUGCCGCCGUUUCUGCUGCCGCCGCCAGGUACACCGGGUUACCUGGCUCAACCCGACGUCGUCCCCAGAAGAGACUAUCCGCUUCCCAAGGACGAUCUCGUGACGUCUUAUCCGUGGCCGGAUCUGCUGUACAAUGGACACCGGACGACCGAGUCCGCCGUUGAAGUCAAGGCACGCCAAUGAACCCUGAAGAGGAUGGAACUGGAAUUUGGAGUAUGGUAUGCUUCGGAUUGUCGGGGAUCGUAGUGCUGCUCGAUCGGGGACGCCCGCAGCGCUGGGAGACCGAGAAGAGAUAUACCAAAGAGAGCUGAGAGAAGACGGCGCGGAUGGCCACGGGACAACCAACUACCUCAGCUACGGCAACCAAAAGUCACGGGAGUCGGGAUCAUUCCUGUUUUACCUUAAGAUUAGCCUCGGGUUCGCCGGUGGAUCCGUUUCCGCGGGAGACGUCUCCCACGGUCCGAUGACACACGGGACGAUCAAUGUUUCCCAGGGAAGCUGGCUCUCCUUCGGCGCGGGCUGCGCGAACUGUGUUUCGGCUCUGCCUCGCUCCGGGACCCGGCCGAGCGACGUUCAGUGAGAAUCGUCGCACCUGUAUCGGAUCGGGGCUCCAUUGUGCUCCGCCGCGGACCUUUCGUCGUUCGGUUCGCUGCGGGAUCGCGUACCGCGCGGAUCAAAAGUUUCGAGCUUCGAUCGUUCCUCUUUUCCCUUGGUUUCGACGGAAAUUAGCGGAGAUCGUCGAUCAUUCAAACUUCUUAAUCUUCGUUGAUCGGGUUUCGAAGUUUUCAAUGCUCGAACGCCGGAGUUCGGCAACGAAAAUUCCUCGUUUCACGCUUGAAGCUUAAACUUUAAACUUCGUGGAACGUUUCUCAUUGAUUCCUUCACUUUUACGACUUUUUAUUUCUCUCGUUGUCAAUGUUCCCGAAGCAGAAACGAUCGAAACGGUUUCAGGAUUUAUUAGAUAAACUCCAAUUGCGUCUAAAGGAGACGAAGAAACACCGUGCAUCCAUCAAACGAGGAACAUCGAAGCUAAUCAGCCAGUCGAAAAAGACCAGAAGCAUCCCGACGCGAAAGAAGCAUCGCGCCGGCGGAAAACAGAAACAUUGGAGCGACGUGUCGGAGCCCGGUUCUUAAUUUCCGAAAACAAGCGGAUCCGGCCGCGCCGAUCGAACAAAAACCGUGGCCGGUGAAACAGCGCGGAUAAUCGAAUUAGGCGACUCGCCGCGGACAAUCCCGGCCGCGACAAUGAUAUUUUAAC